UCGAGUUGACUGGUGGCUGACUGGAUUGUAGUUUCGGAUUUAUGUUAUAAUUUUUUUGUUUUUCCUUACUUUUAAGUUAAUUUCACAGAUGAUUUUAGUGUAACAAUAGUGCCAAGAUGACUAUGGAAAGGAGGAUAAAAUUAAAAGCUUUGAAUAGUCACAUUACCUGUAAGAUUUGUCGUGGUUACUUUAUCGACGCUACUACGGUCACGGAAUGUCUUCAUACGUUCUGCAAGAGCUGUUUAGUAAAACAUUUAGAGGAAAACAACACUUGUCCGACGUGCAGCAUAGUUAUCCACCAGUCACACCCGCUCCAAUACAUCAGCUUUGACAGGACAAUGCAGGACAUUGUCUACAAACUUGUGCCUGAUCUACAGGACAAUGAACUGAAGCGCGAACGCGACUUCUACCGCGCGCGGGGUCUAACUUGCCCGAAAGACGCGGCUCUCGCCAACGACAAAAUGUGCAAUGGAGAAGAACCGGAGCAGCCAGACAACACUGACUGCCAUAGGAAAGAUGAACAGGUCAAUGUCUGCUUGGAAUGCAUCUCGUCGUCCUUGCGCACGCUCAAACGAAGCUUCAUCAGGUGCUCGGCGCAAGCGACCAUUACGCACCUCAAAAAAUUCGUAGCUAAGAAAGUAUUAAACGGAAUGGAAAAGUAUAGAGAAAUUGAUAUUCUAUGCAACGACGAGUUAUUAGGUAAGGAUCACACGUUGAAGUUCGUGUAUGUGACGCGAUGGAGGUUCCGCGACCCGCCGCUCCGGUUGCAGUACAGGCCCAAGAUAGACUUGUAAGACGUCCUAGCGCAGCGUCGUCAUCUGCCUACGAUCUACAGCCCCUACUCACGCAACUAUCGCAACUAUUGUUAAAGCAAAUGCUUAAUAAUAGAACGUGGUUUUGAAUAAUGACGUAUUCUCCCUUGCGGUCAUCUGAAUGUUGAUAAAUAUCCGCGACCGAGGAUGCGUCGUGAUCCAAGCACUCCCUGCAACCAGUGAGUGCACGUGAGCGGCUGACAUCGUAUGUGGCGCUGCGCUUGUCUGUUAAAGUUUGUCAAACUGGCACAGGAGCCAAUUUAGCUAAAGUGUUAAUAAUUGUUUAAAACUUGCCAGAAAUGGAGAAGUUUACAAACCAAUGAGCCUUACAGUUGCCUUCAUUUUACGUGGCGAUGGUAUUUUUUUACAAUUCCAAAUAUAAUUAUAUGAUUAUAUUUAUAGAAGAUUUUAUAUGUAGAUACUCGAUGUUAUUUAAGUGUACAAAGUCAUGCACAGAAGCGAUGUUAAAAAUAAUGGCGUUUUUAGCAUUCCGCUAAGUACGAUUCUGCCGCUAUUGAUGCAGGAUUAUAGAAGUUAAUACGAGUAACGCGCCUGGAUGGGCGGGAACAGCGAAGUAACGUCUUUUAUAUUUCUGGCAAGUUUUCCAAUCACGGCGUUGCCGCGGUACCAGUGAUUGGUUGCCACCGGGGCCUCGCUCGUGGACCUGUCACUAACUCCAAAAAAUAAAACAGAUUAUAUAUUUUACACAAAAUAAUGGCAAUAUUAAGAUAAUGUUUUAAAAAGCCUUACAAAUGAACGAUGACUAGGCGGGUGGUAUUAUAUAAGUAAAAUAUUGUCACUAUCCAUCACUGGGGGGGUCUUAGUGUUGGUGAGUGAAACAGUUUUAGUAAUUUACAUGGAUAUUAGGAGUUGUUCGAUUCGUAGUCAUUAGGCAUUAUGGGUGGAGCAGAUUUACUGCGCGGCCAGGGCUUGGGUCUAGCAUAUCUUUGAAAUAUACCGGUAUUGCAAUUUAGGUGCGCGGCCGGCGGGCGCGCGGGCUUUGUGCAUACUCAGGGCAAGCCGUGCGCCUGCAAUACUUAUACAAUUUUACUUUGCACCUUUUAAAUAUUAAUAAUAUGUACAAUAAAUUUUACACUAUUAUAAAAUAUAAGUAAUUUAGACAACUUUUUUCAACAUAGUUUAGAUUUUAAAACUUUAAGAUAUUGAAAGUUUAGUGUUCUAUUUAAUGGCAAUAAUUGAAUGUUUUAUCGAACUGACAAAUAACUUAGUGGGACACCGUCAAAGAGGGAGUGUAACACCACAAUUUGCGAAUUUAUUGUCACUAGGUUUUUGCAAUUUAGAGGAGACACGCUUCCAUGAUUCUAACUUUGCCAGUCGGUGUACGAUAAGCUGCAAAAGUCCAAUCAGUUUCUUGUCGUUUCUGUAAUAGACCAAAAACACCUUCAAAAACAUAAAUUUUAUAAUUAUGACAACUAAUGGUUCAUAAGUUCACCACUGUUUACAAAUAAUUCGCUGGGCUCAGUGACUGAACUUUUGCUCUUUGAUUGUACCUACGUUGCAUGUUGAGUACGUAGUUAGUAUUAUUCCUUAUUCUAUGGUUGAGGUCUGCGCCUAAUACGAAUACCGGUAUUAUUUGUUCAUCGUUCGUACAAAUUAAUUUGGUAAGUCAAGCGACAAGCCCUGUUCGCCGCUAAUAUAUUUACUGCCAUGGAAAGUCAAAUAUUUUAGUAUUUACUAGCUUGGUCGUCAGUACGCCUCCGGCAAUCGAAACACCAAACGGAUUUCUUUACCUAGUCUUUCGUAGUGUAGUGUAAGUAGAACCAAAAUGUCCCAGAGAAAGCGUGUAGCGUAUUGAGCCUUAGUAGAAACGCUAGCUAAUAAUGUAUAAGAAAUAUUGUUAAACGAAUGUAUUCAGAUUAGUUCAAAGUUGUAGCUUAGAUACAGGUAUAGAUGCAUAUAGUUCAAUAGCGCAAAAGGCACUGGCUGGCGUCGAUAACGGCGGGCCGGACAAUUUGUCUAUGGCAAUAAAUUGUCAUAUGUUUACGCUCAUGAAGAACAAAAUGUCUAUUGCAAGUUUCCUCACAUUCUAUUGUCACGGACAAAAUGUUCACUUCGAUAUUUGCCGCGCCUAAAAGUAAUACUGCGUUGCUUCCAUCAAUUUCCACAGAAGGCGAAAGCAAGCUAUUAUGGUAUUAUUUCUCUCUGUAAAUAAUAAGCUCCAAAUUAAAAAUUAAAUAAUAUACCUACUUCUUGUUAAAAAUCGAAACGCUUCCGAAUAUUUGUUCAACAAAAAUGAGUUUAAUUAAAUUUAAAACCUGAAUUCGGAAUAUUAAUAUUAAGAAUUAAUACAUAUUGUAAAAUUACAUUUAUAUUUGCAUGUGUUUUUUAAUUUGCGUGUGUACUUACACGUACUUAGGAAUACAAAAUAAAUGUCAAUUUAUUGAUAUUUUUUUGAAAAUCCUUAUAAACUUGCUAUGUACUCUUGAUUUUUUUGAUGAGAAGUGUAGCGCGUAAUAACAUGGACUUGCUAAUUAAGUAGCACAUUUAUUGUUUUCGCCUUCUGUGAAUUUAAAUUUAAGCAAAUAGCUACAAUAUACACGUAGAUCUAAGUAAAUAUAUAUUCGCGAUAUUGGUCCUAACAAACAAUUUAGGAAAAAACCGUGAAAUAAUUGUUAUUUAUUAUUUAUGUUACGCUAGAAAUAGUGUUAUGGCCAACACAUAAAGAGAGCAUUCUCUUACUUUUACAAUUUGAAAGUGAAGUAGGUACCUAUAUCGAUUUCAUUAACAAACAGUCACUGAUAUAAUUGUCAUGGUAGAAAUAUUCCGAUGAGCAUCGGUAAACAGAUGUGACAAUACAAUUUACAAAUCGUUUAGUCGUUACAAAGUUUAAAAUAAAUAUUUCUUAUUACAGGGGGUCUAAAAAAGGCCACAUCAAAGGAGUUCAUUUAAAAAGCAAUAUUGCAAUUUGACAUUUGCGCGUAUAAAAAUAAGUGCGCAAUAUUGCUAAUCCCUGUAGACGCCAUCUAAUUUUAUUUGUAAGUUAUACCUGUCAUUUUCUUAUCCGCUAAAAAUAAAGCGACGGGUAAUCGACAGGCAUAAAAUUUAUGGAACACACGUCAAUUUUAAGCAGAAAUCUAAAACAACCGUCUAAAAAGUUUACGUCAGCCAAUAACCCGACAGAGUUAAGUGGAUAGAACGUCAAACGGAUUGCAUACCAGGGAGAUGCCUAUUUUAUUCACCCGGGUUAUUCAUUCAUUUUAAAAUUAACUUGUUGUCAAUCAUCCGUGCGUUCCUUUUUGGCGGAUAAGAAAAUGACGGGUAUAACUUAAAAUUGGGAGGUGUCUGCAAGAAUCGGGGCCAAUGUCAACAAAUGUAAAAUAGCAAUAUUGUUUUUUUAGAUGAAUUGCAACAAUGUGGCGUUUUUAAACCUCCAGUUUUCAACGUUAGGGUACCUACAGCAGUAAGUGCAGUAGCCUAAUCGCAAAUUUCAUUAAAUGGGACAGAUUCUAUUACUAUUUUCGAUAAGUUAGAAUAAAAAUGUAUGCUGAACAGCAUUGCCAAGAGUAUGUAAAUGAAACUACCAUACAUUUUUCUCGAACUUAAAUUCGUUCUUAGGCCAUAAAUACAUGACGCAUAUUAUACGAUUCAGAUAAUUACGAUGGUUCUAUACAGUCCGAUUUGAUAUUAUGUGAAUGGCUAUAACCACAUAACAUAUGUUCACGACUAUAUCCCAAUUGGGGUAGUCACAGGUAAAUCCAUCGCAAUAUGAACAACGGGUCGUAUUUAUAAACAAAUCUCAGCUGAGGCUGCCCUCAAGAUCAUGCUCAAGUCCCUGUUUUUAUAUGAGAACUGUCACAUUGACAUGAUCUUGAGGACAGUCUCAAAGCUGAGAUUAGUUUAUUAAUAUAACCCUAAGUACCCACACCUCGCCGAGCUUUCUGUUAAACCAACUAUGUCAUAUUAAAGAAUACAUUUUAAAAUAUAUUGCAAAAUUACUAAUCAUUUUAGUAAUUAAAUGCUAUCCAGGGGGUUCGCCAAUUAUUAAUUCGGUGACUGAUUUUAAACAUAUUGGGACUGAAAUACUUGCAACCAAAAUUAAAAGUACCUAUGAAUAAAAUUAAAAAAGACAAAUAUUCAGAAUAUUUCUAUUUUAUUUGUAAUUUGAAUUUUAAAAUGCUUAAAGGUUUUGUUAUUUUUACUAAGAGAAAGGUUGCCAGACCGAACCCACCAUUUAUUGACAGUUGCUACACGAGUAGGCUAAUGAGUAAAAAGUGUCUCUGUGGCAUAAGGCACGCACGAAUUUUGUAUGGUAUCACUAUUGUAUCGAGUUCGAAAAAAAGGUGAUGACUUUUGCAACAGUUUUUAGGCCAACGAAGUGUCGAACCGCACAUUGAUUGACUUCUUAUCAUAUAAAAAGCUUUAAAUCAUUAUAUGCAAUCGCUUUUAUAAGUACAUAAUGCCAAUGUAUAAUUAAGGGGGUUAAGACCUGACGUGCUUCAAAUAAAGGAGUAAUCAUAUCAAGAAACGAUACAACGAUGGUCAUUGUAAUACGUAUGAAUGACUAAACAGUUUAUUGCACACAGAAUAAAAACAAGGAAAAAGUAAAAGCCAUCAUCGUGUAUUUACCGAAAUUGAAGCAUAUUGAUCUAAAUUGAGAACCCUAUAUGAAGGUCGUAAGACCACUCGUAUGUAUUGCUAGGUAUCGCGCUACCAAUACGCAUCACAUAUUUAUGUGAACGAUUGCCAAUGAGGAUAAGAACUAGAAGCUCAAAUCUAGGCGGCAGCACUGUUGGUGGAUCCUAAAUUUUGACAGUUCUCCAUGCAAAUUUUUUUGAUAAAUUGCUAUAAAAUGUGGACCAACGUAGGGUGUAUCUCGUCUGGAGGAUGAGUUACGAAAAAGCAAAGCACCCAGUUGGAAAAAUGCUGUUUUUUUUUUAAAUAAGUUUUUCUAAGUUUUCUUCUUUCCGAUCAUAAAUAGAAUAAAUAUAUAUCACUAUGAUUUUGCAGUUAAACGCUGCGCAAAGACUUCUAGUGUGAAAAUAUAACCAAAACAAUAUAUUUGUUAACUCAAAUAGUAUGGAUAACUGUCAAAAUUUAAGAACAGUCAACAGUAGCGAUACGUGAAAAUGGGAUAAAUAGGCAGUUUUUAUCCUCAUUAGGACAAACACGUUUGAACUGUGAGUCUUAGAAGUGGGAAAUAAUUUCAUGUUAUAUAAUAUACAAAUAUAUUCAUACUCAUUUUUAUAUAAAAGAUUUAAUAUUCAAUUUUAUAUACAAAAUAUAUAGUCUAUUUACGUGAUUAUAAUAUAAUAUUUUACAAAAUAUAAGUAAGUGCCCUAUUUUUAUGAAUUGUAAAGCGAAAACCUCAUUACUUUAUAAAGACUGUAUUUUAUUGCAUAAGAUUGAAAUGCAAGUUUUUGGAAGGCAAUAACUGAAACAUGUCAUUUGAUCUACUGAACCUUUGGAUUUCGCGUUGCCUUAUAAUAAUAAUAAUAAAUAACAAUGGGUUCACCUUUCAAUGUUUGUAUGGUAUAAAUAAAAAGAUAGCCAUCUACAAAGUAAAUUUACAUCCAUACAUAUCUAAUAACUGUAUGCCUUGGGUAGUGAAGGGGGUUGGUCGUUAAGCUGGACGGCUCUCUUACCCAAUCAACCAAAAGCAAUAAAACUGUUAUUCUUAAAAACCGUAAUAGCCCGUAAAUUCAGUAGGUACUUAAUUAGAAUAAAUUAUAUCACAAAAUAUAGUAAGGCUGCUCGCUUUCUCUGGGACGUUUAGAGACUGCUAGAUACUCGUAUUUCUGUUUUAGAAUGAACCCCAGAUUGGACUUAAUGUGAACAUUCUGUUUGGUCGUUUAUCGAACACAUUUACAUACCUAUAUGUGGCGUAUUCAUAUUUUUUUAACCUAUAUUAGUGUUCCGUAACAAUCUAUAGUUUGGAAUUAUCUGCUGUAACGAUAGGCUGAUUUUAGAAUUGUAUCUUUGUUAUGGAAACUAAAACACACCUAUAUACCGAAAGUAGGUUUAUCGGUAUUGCAUUGAUUUUGUUCCAAACUGUAGAUGUAAGUUGGGGACACCUGAGAGGAUAAAAUGGCCACAUCGAAGCAAUUCAUCUAAGAAAGCAAUAUUGCAAUUUGACAUUGGCGCAUAUAAAAGUAAGUGCGCAAUGCAUGCUUUCUUAGAUGAAUUGCUUUGAUGUGGCCAUUUCAACCCCCCUGACCACAAUUAUAAAAAUCAUGGCGCUGUUUUUGAUAUGAGAAAAUAUUUUCCACAAAACGGCAAAGGCUUUUAUAAUUUAAUUUGUUUACAUUUACAUAUUUGUUUAGGCUUGUUAUAUAGAUCGACAUGGCUUUUUUGGCAAGUGACCAGAAACAGAACUAGCCGUCUUUCUAGUAAACGUAAAGGAGAUUGAUCAAACGUCCACCACUAACGAGACCUAUACAACUGAAUAGCUUAUUAAAUAGUCAGUAAUUAAUACUAAAAUCGCAUCCAAAAUAUGCUGUAAAUAAAAAGUUAUGGCUUAAUGAAAGAACUAGAUUUUUGACAUUUUUGUACGGAAAUAUCUUCCACCAUGUAUCAUGGACCGCAGUUGAAAGAACUUUCGACUCUAACUGUGAGGUUGCUGGGCCAAAUCUCAUUUUCGAAUUCAUUUUUGGAUCAUAAAUGAUUAUAAUUAUAUUAGCGGAAUAACAGAGUUCCUUUGAACACCUUCCAGCUCCAUCUUCAGACCCUGGAUAUCAUUUAGCACUAGAAAGCUUAUCAAGAUAAAUCAAACGAGUGCGAAUCAGUUAAAAAUAUAGGGAUGGGAACAAUGAGGUAAAAAAUAUUUUCCCAUAAAAACUUUUUACUGACAGCAUAUUUUUAACCGCGGUUUGGUAUUUAUUACUCAGUAUUUAGUGGUCUGGUUGAUGGUUGCGAUGAUCGCGAGUGUGGAGUAUCACCACAAACUAUGGCUCACCUUUUGUGCUGCCCUAAGUGCCCUAACACCUGCACUAUUAAAGACCUUUACGAAGCCACUGACAAUGCCGUAAGCGUGGCCAAUUAUUGGUCAGCAAAAAUUUAGUAUCGAUCGCCAUCGACUCGCAAAGAAGAAGAAGUGGUCUAUUUCGGUAAAUAGGUCUCGUUACUGGUGGAUAUUUGGAACAAGUUCAUACAACUUUGGUCAAUCUCCUUUAUGAAAAUUGUUUGUAAGGAGAGGGUUCACCCCCGUACCCUCGUACCAAUGUCACCCGAGUGCCACAAGCCUUGUCGCUCUGUAUUCGUCAUAGCAGAAUAUGUAUAUCUGCUGGAUUAGUUGGACUCUCGUGGGGUCAGUUGGCUUUCUAGGCUAAGGUAAGCACGCAUAUCAUGUCUUCGCGCACUUUCUUCUCGAAAUUACUGUAAUGAAAGCUACUUAUAUUUCUAAGGAACUGUUUACAUAUGUUGAGUUUGCUAAGGAUACUAGUAAACUUAGCAUACCUAAAUGAACUAAUAGCAAUAAUAUACUUACAUUAUUUAAGAAAUUUAGUGUAAUGGCAAUAAGAUACGAUGUUACUAGAUGUACAACCCUUCAGUUAUCGUAAAAUUGUCAAUAUUUAUAUACACCAAUAGAGAGACUAAGAAUAUUUUAUGUAACAGAUUGUAGAAUUGGCUUUUACAGCAUAUGUAUCAUAUGAAGAUAAAUAUAACAUUGUAGUUGUAAAGACAAAUAGAAAUCGAAUAUAUCAAGGAUAUAUACUUCUCAUCAAAAAAAUGAAUCACUUGUGAAUUCAAUAAAUCACGUAUUCAAAGUUCAAAUUUGUAUUUAGUACAUUACACAUUAAUAAUCUUAAUACCCAUCGCUAAAUGACAUUCAUUUUUGACACCUAUAAUUAUGGCAUGUAUUUUUUAUCCAUACGAAACAUAAACUUAAAGAGGUUUUUCGAUUUUUUGAUAAGAAGUGUAUAUCUAUUAGUAUCCAUUCAAGCGCUUUAGUUAAAUUUAGCUACGGAAUAAGCCGCCUUAGACUACUUAGUCUCAAUAGUUUCGAGUAUAUUUUAUUUAAAAUAUGCUAGAGUAGAAAAAUAAUAAACUAUAACCGAAGUUAUUGCAUUUUGUGCUGUCAGAUCAUUGUUAAUAUGUUUGAAACUGCCACGACGAUGCCUUCAUAGACUGAUAGAUACUUACUACCUUCCUGGGCGCGUCGCGGCUAAGUAAUAUUCUAAAGAUUAGAGCCGGUGGCCACGAAAGUGGAGGGGGAUAUAGAUGGGAGAGAGCAACCAAUAACAAUUAGUUAAUUAGGGAUGCCUAAAUAACUAAAUCUCUAGCUAACUAAUUAAAUACUACUAGCUAAAGUAGCGGCACGCUAUGAUAGCCGUUUUGCCACAGAAUAUUAGUGAUGGAUGAUUACAUUUUUUUAUUGAAAACAUAAUAAAUUGCGACUAGCAUCCGUAAGUUUUUAGAUUUAGAACUAGUAUUGCAAAUAGUAUUGAUUAUUUCCAUAAAUUUUAUGAAUGACUUCGUCACUAUUGACAAUAAAGUACAGCUAUUUGGUCCUAUGGCGUAGUUAUUCAUUACUAAAAAGGUAACGAGCUGGACAAACAUUUAAACGGCCAUCAUAGAAUGCUGGUUUAAUAACUAAAGUUCUCUUAUCAUAUCACAUCUUUACGCUUAUUUGAGCUUUGGUGUAUACCUCAGAACAGAAAAUAAAGUACUUUAUAUCUGUGGUGUACACCAAUGCCGAGGCGCCUCGCGUUGCAAGGGAACUAUGACAAAUAUUACACUAUCUAAUAAGAAUUGAUGCCUGGAGAUAAGUGCCAGCUACGACUUUAAUCGCAGACUUCGUAGCUGUCACAAUGAUGGACGUAAAUGAGUUCUAGAAGUGAAAGUUUCUGUAAAUAACCAGGCAAGAAUGAAAGUAUCGAAUAGCUGAGUAGACAAUGUGAUACCAAAUAUAGUGCAAAUUUUUGGUAAUUCCAUGUUAGGAUUUUUUCAAUAAGUUCUUCAUGUUAAAGUCUUAAUUAAGGAUAUUGUAACAUCGCUGCUUUGUUUUGAUAUGUAAGUGUUUACUUAUUAUACUAAGUUGCUACUUGAAUAAAGAUUGCUUUCAUAUUAUUGUUACGCUCCGCCCAUAGGAUUACAAGUAGAAUAGAAGGACUACUGUCCGCUCCAGUAUCCAUGUGAAGGUCGCCCAGCGAGACACGGAGCCGCAGUCCCGUUACCUCAAUCUAAGGCUUCGCGUGUCUCCUUGGACAACCUAUGUUUUAAAAAUUACCAUUACUUGAACAAAGAAUAUUGUAAUUUUUUAUACUUUUAGAUAAUAUUGAAGAACUCCAUCAUUUUGAGUGUAUUAAUUGAGCUAGAUUCUUUCGGUGGAUUGUAUAAAUGAUCUUUUUUAACGUGAGUCUAGAAUAAAAAAAUGCGUUAUUUUUGUCACUGCGUGGAGUAGAUAACAUUAUUAACAUACGAGACGCUCUUAUUUGUAUAAAAUUGUAGAAGAUAUAUAAUUUUGUAAUAUGAUUGUAAUAGAGAAUUUGUCAGUGUCCAAUUUUAAUGGUGUACUUUUGUUUUUUUAUUAUUUUUAAUACUUUUGUUGUUCUUGUUUUAGGAAAGCAUUUUGUUAACAUUUUAUUUAGUAAAUAAGUUGGACACGUAUCCCUGUAGGAGAGGCAUUUUUACUAGUGAUGUAAUGAAUACCGGUAUUCUCGAAAAUUCGCAAAAUUCGUGGAAAUUUUCGGCAAAUAUUAACGUUAAAAAAAUACAUACGUUAUUCGAAUAAGUUUAAGACUUUACUUAAGGUAAACAAACAAUAACUUAGUACACUGUGCCGUUUUUCUUCUUUUAAGGAAGAUACUUAUAGUAUAUAAAAUAGAUUCGAAGAACUGUGGUGUUCGAAAAAUCUCGAUAUUUUCGAAUUUAUCACAUUGUGGCUUAUAACUCCUAGAAGGUUUAUCCUGUCCACCAGUGAGGUUUAUCCUAAGGAAAAACUGGAAGUCCUUUUUCUAUAGGGGUUUUUUAUGAAGUCUUUAAUAAUAAUUCUAAGUACGUCAGUCGGGUCAGCUACUGUAAUACUUGACUAUAUUAAUAAAAGUUUACAUUGGGAGCUCUAUUUUAUUAAAAUCAGAUUUUAUUUUGUUUUUACUUUUUUCCAUAAGGAAAAACUAGGUAAAGCGGCCUGUCUGCCUGCGAUGUUAUAACCGGGCAACUGCUUGUACUUAAAUUAUUACUUACUUUACUAAAAAGUGUACAUAGUAUUAUUUUUCCGAAGAAGUGCAGUGUACAUUUACUUAACCGUUAAAAUAAGAAUCCCAGCACCACACACUUUUUAUAGCAGGUCUUUCAAAACUUGGUUUUGCACUAUUGGCAGCAUAUUUUUGCGAUCUGUUUAACUAAAAUUUUGUGUUUAUGAUGACUGGCGUACUUGUAAUUAGCAAUUACAAUUAGUGGCGUAAUUUUAGCGCGCGUCAAGAGAGCUGUCAAAAUUGAGCCUUAGGAAAAUGGCACCAGAUGUAAAAACUGAAUAUUCGCAUUCGAGAAUAUCAGCGGUAAAUAUUCAUAUUCGCAUUCGCAAAUGUUGAAAAAUGAACAUUCGUUACAUCACUAUUUUUUACUUAACUACACUCACAUUUAAAAUAAUUUCUUCCCAAAAUUUAGCUAAUUGAUUUAUUUUAAAGUUUGAUACAUAAUUUAGCAAUAAUUAAGAUAUGUUUAAGUGAUUAUUGAAAUGAUUUAAGCGAAAUAUAUUAAUUAGAAUAUGUUGAAAA